GUUGUACUGGUGGCGAUAUUCACUAGUGUCGUAAUUCCCACGAUGCCCAGGUGUUGCCACAUAUCAAUCUUCAACGGUCUCUCUUAGCUUUUUUCCAUGCGAGAUUAUGAUCUUUAAUUCCUUUCUGUUGCAGCUCUCCGCUAUAUAUCUAUGGCCUCUCGAUUUCUCAUUCAUUCCAUGAACUGAUCUCUCUGCCUCUCUCUCUCGCUAUCUCUCAGCUCUAAACCUACAUCGAUCGCCAUCUCUAUCGAUCAUAAGAAAGAGUGGUAGGGCUGAGAGAAACAGUGCAAGAAACAAUGGCCGGAGAUCUUAUGCCUUUCUUGGCCAACGUUCUGCUGCAAGUUGGGUAUGCAGGGAUGAACAUCAUCUCAAUGCUUGCCAAGCAAUCCGGCAUGCACCCACUUGUACUCGUCUCCUACCGGCAAAUUUUCGCCACCAUGGCGAUCGCUCCCCUUGCUUAUUUCAUGGAGUGGAGGAAGAGACCCAAGAUUACAAUACCAAUUUUGUUCCAGAUAUUUUUGUGUUCCUUAACAGGGGCGACAGGCAACCAACUUUUAUACUUUGUAGGGUUAAAAUACUCGAGCCCAACAAUCGGGUGCGCAUUAACGAAUACACUUCCAGCAUUCACUUUCAUUCUUGCUGUACUUUUCCGGUACUACCUUCUAUUUCUUAUCACUGUUACAUAGUACUCAUGAUCGUGAGCAAUAAUAUUUCUGUAUGAAGUAAAAGUUUCAAGUUGAUGAUAUGUUUGGCAGGCAAGAAUAUGUGGGCUAUGCGUAGGAGGGGCUCUUUUACUGUCAUUCUACCAUGGACACACCAUAAAUAUAGUCGAAUCCAGCAUUCACUGGACUUAUGCAGAGAAUAUGGAAACCAAGAGUUCUGGUUCCAGUAGCCAGCUGGGGAACUUCAUCUUGGGACCCUUUUUCCUAAUCUCUAGUUCCCUGUCUUGGGCAAUGUGGUUCAUUCUCCAAGCAAGAAUGAGCGAGAGGUUUCCAGCUCCUUUCACAAACACCACACUGAUGUGUUUCAUGGCCAGCAUUGAGUGUGGGUGCAUUGCAUUAAUCUCCAAACACGACAUUUCUGCAUGGUCAUUGAGCGAUCCUGUCCGGCUUAUUGCUUCUCUUUACGCAGGAAUUGUGUGUUCUGCAAUAGCAUUUGCACUCAGUUCAUGGGCUAUACAGAUGAAAGGUCCUCUCUACGUCUCGGUGUUCAGCCCCUUGUUGCUUGUCGUCGUUGCCAUUUGUAGUUGGGCUCUGCUUCGUGAGCAAUUAUAUGUUGGAACAGCUCUAGGGUCUCUUCUCAUUGUGAUGGGGCUGUAUGCUGUUCUAUGGGGAAAGAAUAGGGAGAUGAUCAGACCGAGUGUCAUUGAAGAGACAGCAGCAUCAAGAAAGCUAGGUCAAGAGAUAUUGAUGGAGAAUCAUGCAUGAUCAUCAUGACUUGGAGCUGCAGUACUUGAAUGGAAAAUCAAAUGGCCAUCAUCAUUAUCAUGAUGUUACAGCGCCUAGAGAUCAAGAGAAACAAGGAGACAAACCGUAAUCCAAUUCAAUAUUAUUUACAUGCAGAAUAU